UCUUGUUUACACUGGGUGUGUGAGUACAGAAAAGUGGCUGGCGACGUUUCAAUGGAUCAAGAUCAGUUAAACUGUUCAGAAUGUAUGUAUCUCCUGAAGACUCCUGUGACUCUAAAUUGUGGCCACAGCUUCUGUAAGGUGUGUAUUAAAGGAUGCUCGGAUGAGGUUGAUGGAAAGCACAUCUACAGGUGCCCUCGGUGUAGAGAUUCUUCCACCCCAAGGCCUGUUCCACGCAAGAACAAAAAUCUACAAAAAAUGGUAGGGAAACUUAUGAAGAAUGUACUCCAAGCUGGUUCUCCUGCCCAGUCUGAUGUUGGAACUGAAGAUGUGGACUGUGAUAUCUGCACUGGGAAAAAACGCAAAGCCAUCAAGUCCUGUCUAAUAUGUCAAGCCUCCUUUUGUGAAGCACAUCUUAAACCUCAUUAUCAGUCUCAGGCUUUUAAGCAGCACCAGUUAGUUGAAGCCUGUGCAGAUCUCCAAGAAAAGUUCUGUUUUCAACACAACAAACUGAUCGAGAUCUACUGUCGUACUGACCAAAGCUUCAUCUGUUACUUGUGCACGAUGGAUAAACACAAAGGCCAUGAUACUGUUGCAGCGAAAGCAGAAAGGACUGAAAAACAGAAUGAGCUAAAGGAGGAGCAGAUUAAAUCCCAGCAGAUGAUCCAGGAGAAGCAGAAGAAGGUGCAGGAGAUUAAACAGACUGUGGACACUAUUAAGAAGUGUUCACAAGCAGCAGUAGAUGACAGUGAAAAGAUCUUUAAUGAGAUGAUCCGCUCCCUGGAGAAAAGGCGCUUGGAGGUGACGGUGAUGAUCAAAGAUUGGGAGAAAGUUGAACUGAGUCGAGUUGAACAACCCCUGAAGCAACUGGAGCAGGACAUCGCUGAUCUUCAGAGGAGAGUCAGUGAUCUGGAGCAGCUUUCACACACACCUGAUCACAUCCACUUCCUCCAGAGUUUCCCGUCUCUCUGUGUUUCUCCUGGACUUUACAAGUUAACCAGCUUCACUGUCAAUCAACAUCUCCCAUUUGAUGGAUUGCAGAAAUCUCUCUCAGAUCUGAAACAAGAAGUUGAGAAACUCUGUCAGAAGGAUUUCAGCAACAUUCUUCCACAAGCUGCAGCAGUUCAGAAGAUUUUACCCUUACAACCAGAGAAGAGACAUGAUUUUCUGCAAUCUGCAGCAAUUCAGAAGAGUUUACCCUCACAAACAAAGAAGAAAGAUGAUUUUUUGCAAUCUGCAGCAAUUCAGAAGAGUUUACCCUCACAACCGAAGAGGAGAAAUGAUUUUCUGCAAUCUGCAGCAGUUCAGAAGCAUUUACCCUCACAACCAGAGAAUAGAGAUGAAUUUCUGCAAUAUUUCUGUAAUCUGACUCUGGAUCCCAACACGGCACAUCAUCAACUCAUUCUGUCUGAGAACAACACAGUGGUGAAGCGCAUCAUCACAGAAGAAGAAUACUCUGAUCAUCCAGAGAGGUUUGACUACUGGUCUCAGGUGUUGUGUAAGGAGAGUGUGUGUGGACGCUGUUACUGGGAGGUUGAGUGGAGCGGUGAUGUGGCCAUAUCAGUCUCAUAUAAAGAUAUCAGCAGAAAAGGAGAAGGUGAUGAGAGUUUGCUUGGAUACAACACUCAGUCCUGGAGUCUGGUGUGUUUUUUGUCUUCUGUUUGUUUCUGUCACAACAGCAUUAACACUGAGCUCCAAGGUCCAGCAUUCACCAGAAUAGGAGUGUAUGUGGAUCACAGUGCAGGAACUCUGUCCUUCUACAGCGUCUCUGAUACGAUGAGGCUCCUCCACAAAGUCCAAACCACAUUCACUCAACCUCUAUACGCUGGAUUCUGUAUUGGUUCUUAUGACUCAACUGUGAAUUUAUUUUAAAAUAAAAUGUUCGAAUAGCAGUGCAGAACUGUGCUGUUCUCUUAGUCUGCUGCUCUUCUAUGAGCAUGAACAAAAUUUAAUAUCCAACAACAAUAUAUUUAAGUAAUUAUCUGAUUCAGAAAAAUAGCUAGAAAUCUACAGGGCCUGUGAAAAGUGUGGAAACACUGGAUCUUUUUUCGGGUUUUGAGGCACAUGCAUGCUUCUUUAUAUUCUAUGCAACAAAUUCAGUAAAAAACAAAAACACUUAAGAAUCACACAACACUCAAGAGUCCAAACAGGACAUUUUUGUCUCUAUCAGAAGAACUUGUGUAAGACAGAAAAAAAUGUCACAGAUAUAGACCAGGCGUCAGAAACCGGGAUUAAACCACAAUGUAUUUAUUGACGAUAAACCUUAUAAAGGGGAAAGGUAAUGGGGAACAGGUGUAGGUGAUUAGAGCAGGGAGAGGCUGAGUAAGAGUUAGAGCCUUUGAGGGAGGCAUUGCUUGGUGGUUCCCUGAC